GCGCAGGGGCGCGCGGCCUCCCGCGAUGGCCGAGGAAAAAAUGGAGAUGGCCACUCCUGCCACGUCCAAGUGCAUCAUGUACUGGAAGAGAAAAGUCAAGUCUGAGUACAUGCGGCUGCGGCAGCUCAAGAGGUUCCAGGCGAACAUGGGAGCCAAGGCUCUGUUUGUGGCCAACUUUGCAAAGGUUCAUGAAAAGACUCAACUGCUGAAUGAAGACUGGAAGAAGCUUCGAGUCCAGCCAGUGCAAGUGAUGAAGCCAGUCAGCGGGCACCCCUUCCUGAAGCAGUGCACUGUGGAGAGCAUUUUCCCAGGGUUCCCAAGCCAGACAUUGUACAUGAGGACCCUGAACACAGUGGCACUGGUGCCCAUUAUGUACUCCUGGUCCCCCCUCCAGCAGAACUUCAUGGUGGAGGAUGAGACUGUGCUGUGCAAUAUUCCUUACAUGGGGGACGAGGUGAAGGAAGAAGAUGAAACUUUCAUUGAAGAACUGAUUAACAACUAUGAUGGGAAGGUGCAUGGAGAGGAAGAAAUGAUUUCAGGGUCAGUCCUCAUCAGUGAUGCUGUGUUCCUGGAGCUGGUGAAUGCCCUGAAUCAGUACUCAGAUGAGGAAGAGGAAGGACACAACGAUUCUGAGGUUAAACAGGAGGAUGGAAAAGAGGAGCUGCCCAUCACAAGGAAAAGAAAGAGAAUUGCAGUGGAAGGUACCAAGAAGUGCUCCAAGAAGCGGUUUCCAAACGACAUGAUCUUCACUGCCAUCUCAUCCAUGUUCCCUGAGUAUGGCUUCCCUGAUGACAUGAAGGAGAGGUACCGGGAGCUGACAGAGGUGUCCGACCCCAACGUGCUGCCACCACAGUGCACGCCCAACAUCGACGGCCCCUGCGCCAAGUCGGUGCAGCGGGAGCAGUCCCUGCACUCCUUCCACACCCUGUUCUGCCGGCGCUGCUUCAAGUAUGACUGCUUCCUGCACCCUUUUCACGCCACGCCUAACGUGUACAAACGAAAGAACAGAGAGACCAAGAUCGAGCCUGACCCGUGCGGCGCCGACUGCUUCCUCUGGCUGGAAGGGGCCAAGGAGUUCGCUGCGCUGCACAACCCCCGGUCCAAGUGCUCCGGGCGGCGCCGCCGCAGGCACCACCUGGUGGCAGCUUCCUGCUCCAGCACCGCAGCGUCCGGCGCGGCGGAGACGAGGGAGGGCGACAGCGACCGCGACACGGGCAACGAGUGGGCCUCCAGCUCCUCGGAGGCAAACUCCCGCUGCCAGACCCCCACCAAGCAGAAGCUGAUCCCAGCCUCCUCCCAGCUGUUCACGGUGGAGACUCCGCAGGAGCCGGUUGAGUGGACAGGAGCUGAGGAGUCCCUCUUCCGUGUCUUCCAUGGGACCUACUUCAACAACUUCUGCUCCAUUGCCAGGCUGCUGGGCACCAAGACCUGCAAGCAGGUUUUCCAGUUUGCCGUCAAGGAGUCGCUCAUAACCAAGCUGCCAACCAAUGAGUUAAUGAAUCCGUCCCAGAAGAAGAAAAGGAAGCACAGGCUGUGGGCUGCGCACUGCAGGAAGAUUCAGCUGAAGAAAGACAAUUCACCUACCCAGGUGUACAACUACCAGCCCUGCGACCACCCCGAGCACCCCUGUGACAGCUCCUGCCCUUGCAUCAUGACCCAGAACUUCUGUGAGAAGUUCUGCCAGUGCAACCCAGACUGUCAGAACCGCUUCCCGGGCUGCCGCUGCAAGACGCAGUGCAACACCAAGCAGUGCCCCUGCUACCUGGCCGUGCGCGAGUGUGACCCAGACCUCUGCCUCACCUGUGGUGCCUCGGAGCACUGGGACUGCAAAGUGGUGUCCUGCAAGAACUGCAGCAUCCAGCGAGGCCUCAAAAAGCAUCUGUUGCUGGCGCCGUCGGAUGUUGCUGGCUGGGGCACCUUCAUCAAGGAGUCCGUGCAGAAGAAUGAGUUCAUCUCCGAGUACUGUGGUGAGCUGAUCUCGCAGGACGAGGCUGACCGGCGGGGGAAGGUCUAUGACAAGUACAUGUCCAGCUUCCUCUUCAACCUCAACAAUGAUUUUGUGGUUGAUGCCACACGCAAGGGAAACAAAAUCCGGUUUGCCAAUCACUCGGUGAACCCCAACUGCUAUGCCAAAGUGGUGAUGGUGAAUGGAGACCACCGGAUAGGGAUCUUUGCCAAGAGAGCCAUCCAGGCUGGGGAGGAGCUCUUCUUUGACUACAGGUACAGCCAGGCAGAUGCCCUGAAGUACGUUGGCAUAGAGAGGGAGACAGACAUCAUCUAGGCUCCAUGCGGGGCGGCUCAGCACUCCUCACUGCUGCACCUUGUUAGUGAUGCCAGGUUUGCUUCAUGCUGCCAUGACUGCUGCUGUCCUCUUGCUGUGUGUGUCACAAGUGCUGCUGUCCCUCCAGAUGCCCAGAGAGAGGCCUGGGGCAGGAGUGUGAGUGGCUGUUGCCAGGGUGGCACCUCUGCCAGCCCAGGGAGGGCAAGCUCAGAAGUGCUGUACUGCAGGCAGUCUCCUGGGCUGGAGCCUAUGGGCCAAGGCAGCUGGGGUUGGAGGAAAGCUGUGGUGCAGGAGGAGAGACAGUCAGACACAAAUUCUUAGUCUCCUCCAUUGUCUCCUGAUUGCUGGAAGAACAAAAAUGCACCAAGACCAUGGGGCAUGGCUGCGGCAGAGGGUCUGGUGGUCCCCUCCAGCCCUGUCCCCUGGCCUUGGCUGUUACCUCCUGCUGUCCUGUCCCGUUGAUAAGGAUGGUGAAAGGGUUGGAAGCCAUAGAGAUGUGGAUGCAGGGGUCCUUGGGCCCCAGGCUGCUUCACUGAGGCCAUUUCCUUUCUGCCCCAGCUGGCUGGGGGAGGGAGAUGGCUUGGCCAUGGCUGGCCUGGCACGAUGCCUGAGGGGGGGAGAGCAGCACUAUGCAAAGUCACUUUGGGUAGGGACAUCACUGAGCUGCUUACAGAUGAUGCUGUGGGGCACAAGAGGCGUGGAGGCAGCAGAACCUCGAGAGCCUGAGGAGGUCCUUCCGGCCUGUGACGUCUCUCGGGGCUGUGGGGUGGCUGCUUGGCUGGUGGCUGUGCAGCUGUGUGGCCCUUCUGGGGCUGUGGCCUGGAUGCUUCUGCUGGACAGUUUUGGGGCUGUGGCCUGGGGAGCUCCCCUUGUGUGGCUAGGGCUGCACCCAGAGCAGGAGCUAGAUCUUGGCUACCUUCUGCUUCCCACCAGGCACUAGCACGAGUGGUCACCUCCAUCCUCCUCUGUCAGGACAGUCCCUUGUAGGAGGUACUGAAGACUACAGGAGCCAGCAGUGGGUACCCAUGGGGCAAGAGCCUUUGCUUGCACAGGACCAUUUGGAUGGUGCUGUGCCAAGGUUUGGACAGGGCACAGCAGAGCUGCUGCUGCCUGUGGGGACCCAGGGAAGGCUCUUCAGAAACCUGCCAUGGAGGUUCUGAUGCUGGCCCUGGAGAGAAAGGGGGAGAGCUCCCUGGCAGGGUGAGGUUCGGCCUUAGCACUCCAUGCAAAAAGAAACAGAAGCACUUUAAACUGGUCCUGGUUGGCCAGCAGCUGGGCCCUGUGUGGUGUGCAGGGGGGGCAGUGUUUAGGGGCAUUGCACAGAGGUGAGCAGUGCCCUGGCCCAGCUCUGUGGUCCUUGAAUGUAGAGAGGUCUGGGUCUGCCCUGCCCUCCCUGGCACAGUCCUGCGCCAUGCCUUUCGCAGUCCCCUC